AUGUCUACAAACACUGAUGUUGCGUGGCUGGAAAGGCUAAGUAGGCUUGAUGCUAAGCUCUUCGCCAGGGUUGACGAGAUGGGGUUCAGACGCCCCAGCAAGAUCCAGGCCGUCACGCUUCCCAUGAUCCUCACGCCUCCCUACAAGAACCUCGUAGCCCAGGCGCACAACGGCUCCGGCAAGACCACCUGCUUCGUCCUCGGCAUGCUCAGCCGCGUCGACCCCAGCCGCAGGACUCCCCAGGCCAUCUGCAUCUGCCCUACCAGGGAGCUUGCGCAGCAGGUGUUGAUGCAGGCAAAUCUGUUCCUGACCAAGCUGACCAGCAUGUGCGAGAGGAGCACGGAGAAGGGCUCUAUGUGGGUCACCAUGAAGCGAUCGUCGAUGAAGUGUCAGGCUAGGUUGAAGAAGAUGUCGAGUAAGGGGGAGCCUAUUAAGUACCGGUGCCUGGUCUGCGCCACCGAUGGCAAGAGGAACAUCUCCACCUCGGUACGAGAUGGCUCUGACCAGAAUUGGUCUUGCUGGCAUCGCCGUCAUGGGGGCAGAACCUUGCCCUCAACCUUCUCCCGCUCCCUUUUUGCUCAGGCGGUGGUGCACAUCCCGCGCCAAUUCAAGGUGUCGGACUGGUUCCUGGACAGGAAGAAGGACUACAAGGACGUGAGGUUCUCCCAGGUCGUCUCCAACGCCGUCGACAUGAAGCUCAGGGAUGACCUUGAGAGGCUCAAGAAGAUCAGGGAGCUCCGCAUCCGAGUCUCGUCCAUCCUCGGCAGCAAGGAGCUGGGCCAAGGGAGCAAGCAGCGCUGCUGUUUACUUGGGGCCAGAUCGACCACGUCAGAUUGCCACGUCAGAUCCGACGUGGCCUGGGUAGACAGCCAGUGA